GUUUUGUGUUUUGGAAAGAUCGGAGCACUGUACGUACUAAAGUUCAGGAUGAAUUCUUCCAGAUUGUUUCGUUUCGUUUUACCAUUCGACAGCUGUUUCUACAGACGGAUUGCUGGUAAGUGUUAAAUUUCUUUUCAGGGUUCGUCUAGUUGUACACGACUGCAGCCUAUUAAUCUUAGAAUGUCUUCUCACCCUUCAACCUUUUAAAUCAUUCUUUUCGUUUGAUAGGUAUUGAAGAGUUGUAAGAUCUCAUUUUGCAAAUCAAUUAUUUGUGUCACAGUACUGUGUAAACUGCUCUUUAGGUAGAAGAUCAAUGGUAUCUGGUCCUCUAUCUGGAAUCAGAGUCUUGGACAUGUCCAGGUACGUCUAAGAGGAUAGGACAGAGGUGUCUGGAAGGCUACUCCCAGAUUUGUUCCCAGGAGCUCGCAACCACCUUGCCAGGUCCUCUCUUACCCCAUUCGCCCCUGAACCGCCCGUAACCGCCCGUGCGGAUCCAGAUACUUUCUAUCCUUUGUGACGUCAUCAGUUUUAACGGUCAAGGACAACUUUCUUCGCUAACUUGUGUAGAGUGAAGAGAUCUUUCAAACCAUACCAGAAUGAGCACAAUUCAGUCAAGGACACCGGAGAAAGAAGCAAAAAACCACGUGACAUUGACCUCAAAAUCUCCAUGAAAAUCUUGUUCCAUUGCUCACCUACCUUUCCUUUCACCUAAUCCUAAGAUCCUAAAAGCUUUCCUGAAAACUCUUCCCACCAAAAUGAACCCUACUAAAUGCCCAGCAAGAGAAAAAAAAAAUGAGGCAAGAAAAACGAUAAAAGAAGGGAGGAGAGAAAGCGAAAAGUAACAGUCAAGACUGCUGUGUCACUUUUAAACCCAAAAACUAUCUCGAAAUUUUGCUUUCUGCGCAUGCCCGAACUUCGCAAGCUGAUAUUUUGCAUCUGGAUCAGAAGGCCGCCAAGUGUACGACCUGUAAACCGGUUUGUGGUAAGUUUUAGCUCUUUAUAGCACGACAAAGACCAGAAAACCACUCGACUGGCUUCAAAACGCGUUUUUGGGCAAAAUCUCCAGGAGCGAAUGGGUUAAUUGUCCCGUGGAGUGAGGAGAGACUGAGGAUGAAUACAAGAGGACCUUGGAAUGCAGUUGAGGAGCUCCUGGGUCAACUUCCAGAAACCUCCCCUCCCCCACCCCCAAAGGGGAUCUCCCAUAUUAAAAUGACAGGGAUGCUCAUCAUUAUGCUUAGGCAGGACUGUCAUUAAGUUUUCAAGUUGUUGGGUAAAUACAAAAAAUACAUGUUGGCAGGGAAUCAAACAGUGAAGGAUAUGUUUUGGUUGUAUGAGAUCCGCAGGGACUAUCAUCAGUAAAAAAGACUGAAAUGAAGACAUUAUUUGAAAAUGUAUGACAUUGUACAUGUGUGAUAUUUAGAAAAUUAUAGGUAAAUAGUGCAGAUCUGCUUUAUUCUUAAUGAAGUAGUGAAGUAAUUAAAGAAGGUACCAAGAACACAAUUAUUUAAAAAUAAUAUUAAUGCAGUAACUUUUUUGUCCAUAAAGAGUUCUUGCAGGACCAUUUGCAACAAUGCUUCUUGGUGAUCUAGGGGCAGAAAUUAUUAAAGUUGAAAAUCCAGGUAAUAUACAUGACAUACUAGUCAUUCCAAGUAAUUAUUUCAAUGUGAGUAACACGCUGAUUUAAUUUCCAGAAUAAUUUUUUUAGAGUGAGCAAAAAAUAAAAAGAUGGGAGACUGAGGAGUCGGAGCAAACAAAUGCCAGUUAUUUGCCGCUCUUCACAGGCCAUCAUUCUUUUUUGCUUGCCUUACUUUUUCACCUGUGCUUUGUAAACUGAAUGCCCUGAACAGGUUGUAAAUGUGUAAGAACUGAUAACCGACAAUUGAACCUUUCAAGCAAUCUGAUUGGUAUAUUUAAAUUCAUCAGUUUCAACAUAAAUACUAUUUAAAUGGUGAACUUUAAUACUCUCAAAUGGUCUAAUUCCCCAGGGCAGACCACUGUGCAUUUUGUGACCAGUACAUCAUUUUCCGUCAGAUAUAAGGGGAAGAUAUUGACCUUUUUAAGAACUUCACACCUCCUACAGGGAACUGACAUCUUCAUAUUCACUUAAAUUUACUAAGUAAAUUGUAGAGGUAUGUUUUAGGUAAUGUGAUAGAGGUGUAUUCCAGCCAGAUCAGUGAAAACCACAUGCUAACCAUUAAAUCGCUCACAAUAGCACAUAAUUUACAGUGUACUGGUAGUUUAUAAAAAUGAGUCAGAAUAUCCUUCUUUUUGAUAAUGUGACAAAGUCUAAAGCAUGUUUUGUUUCUUUUGCUGUUAUGUAGAUGGUGGAGAUGACACAAGGUCGUGGGCUCCGCCUUAUUGUGGAAAUGAAAGCACAUAUUUUCUUUCCGUUAAUAGAAAUAAAAAGGUAAUUACUUCCAGCCAGAAAUUUUGACGAUAUUUCUUCAGACUGCAGUCCAAAAUCAGUUUGUUCUUGAAGAGAAAGGAAAGUAAUAUUACGAUUUAAGGUCUAACUGUAUUUUAAUAUUUCCUAUUUUAUAACAACUGUGAAUUUCAGAGUAUUUCCAUUAACAUCAAAGACCCUAAAGGUGCAGAAAUUGUCAAGAAGGUAUGUUGAAACGACUUCAACUUUUAUGAUUACAGUUGAACCUCAAUGGCCACCCUCGGGGUACUGGCAAGUGGCUUCUUUAAGGUUGGCUUCUUACAGAGGUUUGUCUUACAUUAGCGUAAUCUUUAGCAGAAACAUCACUUUAUUUUGAAACAAACAUGCGAUGGGAGCAGUAUUACUGGUCCACAAUCAGGCAUCACUUUUUAGUUCAGACUUUAUUUUCCUUCAUCGCAUUUUUGACAUUAACCCAAACUAAGAGGGCUUGAUGACCACUUCACAGUGGUGAUAACAAUAAUGAGAACUCUAAUUGGGAACCAGGGGCACCCAAUGACGGUUUCCUUCUAAAUACAUUGAACCAUUUUUAGGCUAUCCAGAGUGCUUAUAGAUAUCUAGAAAUGCAUUCUAAGCGGUACUUGUUUAGCCAUCCUAGGGGAACUUAGUCUUUCGAAAUUACAAGGUCGUCAGCAUUAUUUUCCCAAACAUUAAUUAGAUACAAAUAUUUAAUUUACUACAAAAGUGAGAAUUUUUCUAAUUCCCCAGUCCAUCACAUUUUUGUACCUGAAAAUUUCAAGUUUCCUUUUUUCUACAAGAAAUAGCCUAACCUGAGGAGUGAAAUGUGUAAACUUAAACUUCUGAGAAUCGUAGGGAAUUUAUUAGAUUAGCUUCUAAAAAUUAUUGCAGGGUCCGAAAUUAACUUUUUAAUACGGGCGCCAACUGGCGAUCAAGUAUAAAUUUUUGGUUGCCAGAGGGCAAAUUGUGGUCGCCAAAAAUUCCCCCUCCCUUUUUACAAAUAAAAGUUUAAACACGAAUAGCAAAUACCUUCGAGGUUUCAAUUCUUAAUCAGUUUCUCCGAACGUUAAAGUCCACAUUAACAACCAGCUUUACAAGUCGCUAGCUGGCGACCAGCUAUGAAAUUUUGGUCGCCAGGACUAAGUUUUUAGUCGCAUUGGCGACCAGGAAGGCACAAUUUCGGACCCUGAAUUGUACGUAAAUUCUAUCUAGUAUUUAAAUUGCCGGUGGGGGGAAGCUUGUUGGCUUCUCAAAGAUUUCCCUGCCUCAGUCACUCCUUCCCAGCUGUAUGCUAAUAAUUUAAUGUUACUUUAUAACUAUUUAUUAUGUUUUUUAUUCUACUUGUUGUAAUUUAUUUUGUGUGGCAAAAUAAUAAAAUAAAUAAAUAAAUAAAUAAAUAAAUAAAUCAUCUGGAAAUAUUUAGCCAUUCUCAAAUAAUAGAAAAUUCUAGGAAAUAUUUGCCUCUCCAAACAGUUAUUUAACAGAAAAUAUUUAUUGUGUGUCCUAAUGCGGUGUAAGCCAAUAGGUGGCUGCAGCCACUUGAUAGAGGUUUCAUUUACAACAAUAAAAUUAUUAUUGGUCACUUUGAUUACUGGCUGCUUAAUAGAGGGUUGAUAACAAAUGAGAAUUUGAAUUUUGAUCUUAGGACUUAAAUGGUUUUGCUUGUACCUUAUUUACGUUUUUUUUUUAUUCAACAGCUAGCUCAGAAAUGUGAUGUUUUAGUAGAAAACUACCUUCCAGGAAAACUAGACAAGUUUGGCUUAGGAUAUGACAAUCUAAAAACAUCUGUUCCAUCCCUGAUAUAUUGCUCUGUUACUGGAUAUGGCACAGGGGGACCUUAUGAACAGCAACCUGGAUACGAUGUGGUGGUUUCAGGGAUAGGCGGACUAAUACACAUAACAGGCCCUGAGGUACAUAGAACUGGGACAUUUUAAGAACACAGGGUCCUAUCUCUUCCACGACGGAGGAACAGAAAGGAGCCUGGGAACAAGGUUGUCAUGUAGAACCAACCUGAAGUUCAGGAAGUAAGAACAAAGUGUGCACGUGUGUGUGCGUGUGUUGAGGAGGGGGGGGGAUGGUGUAGAGAGCCGAAAAACAGAAAAACUGAAAUUCAAAAUUAUAACGUGAGGAAGUGCGAAGAAAGAGUUGCUUCACUUUGUCAUAAUGAUAUUAAGAAUAAGAAAAAACCAAAGAUUCAUUUCACUGGAUUGAAAAACGUAUUAUACAGAAGCUUUGGACUUCAUCCCGGGAUCUUUAAAAGAAAACCUACAUAUUUUUAAACGAACAUAAAUCUGCAAAGAUUAUUGUACUUCCGAAAAACUGGUGAUGUCGUCUUUUAUGUCUAGCAAAGGUAAUUUUUGUGUUGUGAAAUCGGUUUUACAGAUUUAUGUUCACUUGGUAUAAUUGUUUUUCUGAUCAGAUCUUUCGUAGAUCCUAUGUGCUGCAGUAUAUUGGUGUGCACUGGGUCCUUUGAAAUAGCUUGAAAGUAGCCAAAGUGGCAAAUUUCAUGAUGUGCUUAAAUCCUACAAUCCACUUUAUCAACUUUAAUUAAAAAACUAGGAAUUGACUGAAACACUUGUUACACUUGCAGGAUGGAAAUCCAUGUAAGGUUGGCAUCGCAGUAACAGACCUCACAACUGGAUUACACGCACAAGGAGCCAUCAUGGCAGCAUUAAUACAAAGACAAAAAACAGGACGGGGUCAGAAAAUCGACUGUUCACUGCUAGCAUCACAGGUCUUCAUAUCUCUUAAUCCCAUAAAAUGCUAAAAGACACCUAGUCCUGAAAAUUUGCCAGAAAAUUAAAGGCUUACAGCAAAUGCAGAUAAUAGCCUAGCCUACGUGUGACUGCACCCUCCCCCCGAUAAAGGAAGAACAGAGGGGGGAGGGUGCGGCUACACGUAUGCUAAGAAUAGCCGCUCAGGGAAAGUAACCACUGGGAUAAGGGGGGGAAAUCGAGGAUGCUCGUCGGAAAAUUAGAAUUAAACCCCUAAAGGAGACCAAUUUGAGCGCGGCUCAGAUUUUAUUUGACCCUUUAGGGAGACGUACUGGGUCUUAGUACUCCAACACAGUAUGACGGCAUUUGUUACUUAUAUUUAGGAAUUUCUUUGCGCACAACCCAACCCAACCCAACCCAAUUUUUAUGGGUUUAAAUCUCUAGCUUCCGUCCGGAACUCCUUAUUAAAGUUACCCUGCUAGCAGAGGCUACAUUUUCGCUGUGUGAGCUGGCGUGUGAAAAGUAGCUUUUGCGUACAACAGCUCACACAGCGAAAAUGUAGCCUCUCUACGCAGGGUAUAUUAAAGUGCGUUUAAAAGAUGCAAUUUCUACCCUCAGCGCAACGACGACUAUCGCCGUCAUUUUCAUGUAAGAGUCCCCACCGCAGGAGUAACCACUACAUGUGCCAAAUAGUUCGACCAAUGUAUUUUUAAGUUUUUUCUUUUUUAUAUGAAAGUGCUGGUAUAACCAGUCUAAAACCUUUGGAAAACAAUGCUAUAUUUAUGGUAAGUGCGAUGUUUUCUUUGACAUCAAUCCUAGGCAACGUGUUAGCUCCAGUCACUUUCUGAUUAGGGGCUGAUGUUCAAAACGUCAUCAUCAUCCGCUCAUCAUCAUCAUCAUCAACGUCAUCAUUGUCGUCAUCAUCAUCAACGUCAUCAUUGUCGUCAUCAUCAUCCUGAUCGUCCUCAUGAUCCUCAUCAUCCUCCGCUCAACGUCACCAUUGUCAUCAUCACUAUCAUCAUCAUCGGCUGUAAUGCCGACAGCUCCAAAACGUUAUCUUAUUUGAAGGCGAGUCAAUUCGCUUAACCAACGCACCGUCGUAGCACCUGAUUGAAUUUUUUAAAAGCUAACCCAUUUCAUAUCCCUAACACCAACGUUUUCUUAAACCUUAUUUUCAGGUCGCUAUGCUGUCUCAUGUAGCAACAAGUUACCUUAAUGCUGGAUUUGAAACAGGGCGUUAUGGUACUGCACAUCAUAGCAUUGUACCAUAUCAGGUAAGAACGUAGGUACGUUUUACGUGCAAACAGUAGCCUUGCUAUCUCAAUUAAUUGCCAAGUAAUCAACAGUAAAGAUGUUGUGUAACACUUUGUGUUGAAUUUAACAACGUUUGUACAAAAAAAAAUUGACCAGCGUUUAGCUCAAUUUUAGACAAAUUGUAACGCAAAUAGCAAUAGCAAAUGCUGUCUUAUAGUGCGGCCAUUAAUUAGUGAUAGGUAACCCCAGUGCGAAUCCUUCACUUCUCUAUCUCUCGCUUCGUUGGCCACUUAUUCUCUGGUCCCAAUAGAGAGUUCGAAUAUACUUUGCUUUCUCUUCGUAGGCUUUUAAAACGAAUGAUGGACACUUCUUAGUUGGUGCUGGCAAUGAUGGUUUCUUUAGAAGACUUUGUGACGUAAGUUGUAUCUUUUUUGUUUGUUUUUCGUGGCAGGAUCACCAAGACUUAUAGUCUGCUACACAGCCGUUUUUAGUGUCGUCACGCAACGCUCCUCCCGGCUGUGUAGCAGACUACAAGACUUAGUACCUUUACUGAAAUAUUUAGCAGGUGCUGAGUAGUGAAGGCAUAGAGGGCUGGUUUUGUUACACAUACAGUAUGGUUAAACAGUACAUUUGUUUAAGACCUUUAAGGAAGAUAGAAAAUAAUUGGAGUUAAACUUGAUCAUUUGGGCAACGUUUUCAAAGUUUAAGUACUGUUUUUGUCAACAACGAUUUUGUUAUUCAUAAGGAGGUCAUGAUGACAUCGACACGUCGGUUUUCUUGCUAUUUUGUAUUUGAUUUGUUUUGUUACUAUUUUCACGCGUUAUUUAGGAAAGAAUCGCUCAGAAAUCAGUGAUUGCCACACAAUUGAACCACAACAUAUAUACAGGCUCUCUGUUUAAAACCACUCAAAUCCGGUUGUGAUUUGGUCGCUGUUUUAGUUAUUAGAUUUAGGCAAUCUGGCAGAUGACCCGCGGUACAGUACAAACGCUGCAAGGGUAGAAAAUCGAAAGGAGCUACUGUUAAUUUUAGAGGAAUGGUGAGUUGCUUAAAGAUGUUUACUUUUAGGCCAUACCAUUUUAUAUACACCCCCUCCACCCCCUGCUUUAACGAUUUACUUUGAAAUUUUCCUGGCUCCGAGAAAAAUGCUCAUUUUCCCCAAAGUACUUAGAAAAAUUGCGCUGAUAGACAUUUAUCCCCUCGAAAAUGUCCUUGGCGUGUCUUAUAGGCUGAGACAUUUUUGCUUUUCUGUUUCUUCCCAUUAAAACAACUGGUCUUGGUACCAGGAAACUCCAUUUUUUUUUAAUACCCCUUAAGAAAAUUUCGUCAACAGUUUCGGGGGCUGUAUAUUAAAUGCAUAAGCCCUUUGUCAACGAUCAAAGGGAGACUUUAGGUGAAGAUACUUGUUAAUCCUUUCCUUAAAAAAAAAAAAAAAAAAACUUCUUGUGAGAGCCUUUUGCUGGAACCCAGAAAAUCUUUUAAGAAGAGCGAAAUUUUAUUUAUAUAUCUUAUACUACUACAUGAGAAAUUUCUGCAAUUUGAUUGGCUGAGAGCAGUGGUAUUUCAGCUUAAUUUGAAAUACCUACAUGUGAAAAUUACAAACCUUUUGAGGGUAGUAGUAUAAACAAAUAAUAGCAUGAUUUGUAUGUGAUAUUUGGCAUAAAUACCACUCGUGAUAUUUCAAAAUAGUCUUCAAAUUUCGUAUAACAAUUUUGAAAUAUCACUCGUGGUAUUUAUGCCAAAUAUCACUACAAAUCAUGCUAUUACCUAUACAAAUACAAUCUCCCUUAUAUAGUUUAUGUUCGCAAAUCGCAGUUACUAGAAGGCGUCGUAAUAUUUGUCAUUUCUCCAAUGCAGUUUUGAGAAAAGAUCCUCAAAGGACUGGGCUGAGGCAUUUGAGGGAUCUGGGAUACCUUGUGGACCUAUUAAUAGCAUAAAACAGGUGUUUGAGGACCCACAGGCAAGUUUUGUUACGUAAUAGAGACCUUUAAGUAGUGCGCACGCGUGAGCCUGCGUCAUUUUGGCGGGAAAACGUGAUAGCCGUUGUCAUUGAAGUGCGGCUUUAUUAAAAUAGAAGUCUUAUCAUUUUGCAAUCGGGAGAGGGCUUAACGAAUAACGUCCUUCAAUAAAAAGAACCGUGCUAAUUAUUCCGGGCCGAGUUGUUCAAAGCUGGGUUAAGGUAACCCAGGGUUAGUGCGAGAUUUAAGUUCAGAUAUGAAAGCUUAAGAAUAAUUUCAGUUUUAAUUCUUUUUGUCUACAAGUUGAUUAUUGGAAGCUUUAAAAAUAACAGAGAAACUUAUCCGAGAGGAUGCUUUUGAACACAAUAAAAUGAAACGCGGGUUAAAUUUAACCUCGGGUUAAGCGCUAAUCGGCCUUCGAACAACUGGGCUGAGAGAAAUGAAGCUUUACGAGGUGUAUAUUUUUUGAGAAUACGCAAAAAAAAAAUGAAGUCAAAUCCAGUCCGCGUAGUCGUUCCCUUCUUCGAAUCUAAAAGUCUGUAAUGAACGCUCUUCGAAUAUUUUACAGGUGAAGUACAAAGGAAUGGUUCAGGAGUUGGAUCACUCGACGGCCGGCAGAAUAAGAGUACCAGGUAGGAUGUAUCGUCUCAAGAUGAUGAUGUCCACUGGGACAUAAGUCACUGGUAACCAGGCUGAAUUCGCGCCACUGUUUUCCAAUAACGUGGGUUCGUUAUUUCCAAGUUACCGCUCCGAGGCUCUUCUCACCACAAAAGCUAGAGGGAGGAGAUGAAAACUGGAAAACGCCGUUUUGCGAACGUAUAAUAGUUAAGAAAAAAGAAAAAAUUGGAUGUUUUGUAGUUCUCAUAACACUUACAAUAGAUUAAAUUUUGUUGUUCAACAAGACAGUGUUACUUGCCGGCUAUAGGCUUAAUAUCUUUUCUUAUAAAAAGAAAUUAUUAAAGCCCUUUCAAGGCCAUAGUUAUUACAUGAAGGUUAGUCUGCGAGCAGCCACACUUAUACUAAGCGCCAACGGUCGCCAAUUUUUUCCCGAACUUACACAAGAGGGCCUGUUCGCGGGAUACUUUAGGUCGUCGAGAAGAUAGUCUGUUAUUCUUGAGACUUUUUCGUUGCCUUUUUGUGUUUUUAUAGGGCCUGCUGUCGAGUAUAACGGACAAACCUGCCAAGGCGUCCCCUCUCCACCUCCCAUCUUAGGUGAACACACGACUGAAGUAUUAACUCAGCUUCUAGAUUACGAUGACGCGGAGAUUUUGAAACUUGAGAACGAUGGAGUUGUCUACUGUUACUAUGAAAAUCCAUUUGAGUGAACUA